CCAUGGUGUUCUAGCUGUCCAGUCAGCCGCGGGUGUUGGCGGCGACUUCCCUUCUGGAAGCCUGGUCUCCGCCUCCUCCUCCCACCCCGCCUGCUCAGCGGCGGAGGCGGCGGUGGCGGCAGCGGUUGUCCUUGCCUCUCCGCCACCUCCACCUCGGCCUGUCCCCUGGCCGGCAGCGUUGGCGGGGAGGGGGACAGUAGUUGUAGACGCCCGCCCCUGAGAAGAUACUACAUUCAAUAAACAAGACUGAACUUUUUUACAGAUAUCUUUUGUAAAAGGCCAAUGCGAAGUAAUGAUAUAGUUUGAGUCACAAAGGAUUUCAAAUUAUGAGCUCCCCAGUUGUUGCAGAGUCUCACAAUUUGGGGAAAGUUUAUGCUAGAAAACUGAAGCAAUUAAUGGGUGAAUAUGAUCACCUUUCUCCACCAAGUUCUCAGCCUGAUAAGGAGGAUCCCUUGUCAACCUAAUGAAGCAUUCAAAGACAUAUGACUCUUUUCAAGAUGAACUGGAAGAUUAUAUCAAAGUACAGAAAGCCAGAGGCUUAGAGCCAAAGACUUGCUUCAGAAAGAUGAAAGAAGACUGUGUGGAAACCUUUGGGUACAAAGAAGAGGUUGAUUCCAGACCCAGAUAUAUAAAGUUUGAUCAGAGACUCCCAUCUGGAAGUGUCCAGACCUAUCCAAGAUCAUGUACUAUUUCACAAACAGUGGGAAACCUGUUACCUCAGUGGCUACCAGCUCAUAACAGCAUGCUGGGACCAGAGUCCCAGAGCUACUAUCAAUUGACCAGGGACUGUUUCUCAGAAAAACCAGGACCCCUGAACCUUAGUCAGCAAGAGUAUAAUGGUAACUCAUACAGUGUAGAAUCUGGAGUUUAUAAGCACCUCUCCUCAAAAAAAAGUAUCAGUGCCCAACAAGCCAGUCAUAAGCAGAUACAUCAGAUGAGAAAACGGCACCCUGAGGAAGGCAGAGGAAAACCAGAGGAGAGGCCUGAGCAUAAGGGGAAAAAAGGUUGUGAGAAAAUAGAUUUAGACAAACAUAAGAGCAUCCAGAGCAACAAAAAAGAGACAGAAACAGUUAGGGUCAGUACAGAAAAGCUUAAGAAUCGGAAGAAGAAAAGCAGAGAUGUAGCCUCUAAGAAAGGGGAGCAUAGGCGUAGAAAAGAGAAGAAGGAACAAGUCAAAGAAAUGACAGAGGAGGAAAUGCUCUGGGACCAGUCUAUCCUUGGAUUUUGAUGGUCUUGAGUUGGUUCUCCUGAGGUUAAAUUGAAAAAACAGUUGAGAUUUGGUCGUAACAAUGUUCAUGUUCAUACCACUUUUCUCAUGUGAGUAGUACUUUAACUUCUAAUAAAGGCCAAGUGACAAAGUAUUUAGUAUACCGGCUCUCUAACAUGGAAAUUCUCAUUUUCUAAAAGCAUUAUUACAUUUUUCUUAUAUGCAAUGUAAUUUUCUUUCAUGAGAGUGGCUCUGCUUUUAUUCAUCAAAUUGCUUUGAUGUAUCUUCCCUUGGGAGGUCAUUUAUCUUAAAUUGGAUUAUUAAUAAGCUUUGUAGAAUACUUCUUGAUUGGGUUUGUUUUAGUUUUGGGUAGGAUAUUUUUAUAUUCAUUGGUUUUUCUAUGAAGCAAUUUAGAUUUGUUUUUCCUGUUAGAUCUAACUUGCAGUGUAUUUUCUAGGUUGCAAAGUGAAAAGUGAAGUACUUAAAAUAAUAAGCUUGGGUUACAUGUAGUUUAAAAGUUUCAAAGAGUCUUGAUACAAAAUCAGUUUAUAUUCUGGAAGUGUUUAUAAUAAAGGGUUCUAAUUUCUA